AUGACUGGUCGGGCACGAGCACGAUCAAGGGGCAGAGCUCGCGGGCAGGAGACUGCGGCACCUGGAGCGAGCAUGGCUCAAGAGCCUGCAACAGCAGCUCCCCCACCUGCAGAGGGAGAGCUGGUCGGUAGAGGGAGGCAGAAAGGUGCUCCAGGAGCCUUUUCUGCAGAAGCUGCUCUGCAGAUUUCAGUUGGGUUUCAGCAGGUGAAGCUGGGAGAAAGAGGUGGACGCCGGCGUGAUUUUAACGAUGCAGGGGUUUUCACCAGGCAGGCUAUGGAGCAUGUUAAGGACUCAAAGACUGGAACAACUGGUUCUCCCAUUCAGUUGACAGCAAACUUCUUUCGCAUCCUGUCCCGCCCUGAGUGGGUUCUGUAUCAGUACCAUGUGGACUACAAACCACCGAUGGAGUCUCGUCGCCUGAGAUCUGCCCUCCUCUUCCAGCAUGAGGAAGCACUCGGCUCAGUGCGGAGCUUUGAUGGAGCUGUACUUUUUCUGCCCUGCAGAUUGCCCAACAAGGAGACUGUGCUGCACAGCGAGACAAGGAGUGGAGAAAAGGUUCAGAUAACCAUCACCCUGACCAAUGAACUGCUGCCCACAUCUCCAGUGUGCAUUCAGUUUUACAACAUCAUACUCAGAAGGAUCUUGAGAAUUCUCAACAUGCAGCAGAUUGGACGCAACUACUACAACCCCGGUGAUCCACUCAACGUCCCACAGCACAGACUGAUCAUCUGGCCGGGCUACGCCACCAGCAUCUUGCGCUACGAGUCGUCCAUUAUGCUGUGUACUGACGUGAGCCACAGGGUGCUGCGUAGUGAGACAGUCCUUGACUUUAUGGGCAACCUGAGGCAGCAGUGUGGAAAUCAACGCUUUGCUGAGAUCUGCACUAAGGAGCUCAUUGGACUCAUAGUCCUCACCAAGUACAACAACAAAACCUACAGGAUCGAUGAUAUUGCAUGGGAUCACACUCCCAGCAACACAUUCAAGAGGGGAGACACAGACAUUUCCUUCAAGGACUAUUACAAGACUCAAUAUGGUCUAGACAUCAUUGAUGGGAACCAGGUACUGCUGAUCAGCCACGUAAAGAAGUUUGCUGGUGCAGCUCCUCUGGGCCCGGCCAUGCUCGUCCCAGAGCUGUGCUACCUCACAGGCUUGACUGACAAGAUGCGGAAAGACACAACCAUCAUGCGAUCCUUGAGCGGCUUUACCAGACUGGCCCCAAUGCAGAGGGAGGAACGCCUCAACAGAUUUGUCACAAACAUACAGAAGAAUGCUGACACACAGUUGGAGUUGGAUAAGUGGGGACUCAACUUUGAUGACAAACUCCUAACUCUGAAAGGCAGAGUCCUCCCAGGGGAGAGGAUUUUCCAGGGAUCAAGAUCGUUUGAGUGCGACCUCCGGAGCGCUGGCUGGUCCAAAGAGAUGCGUGGGCUGCCUCUGAUCAGCAGCCCCCCGCUGAAUAACUGGCUCGUGUUUUUCACCCGUCGCAACAGCAGCGAAGCCCAGUCCUUCCUGCAGGCCCUCGUCAAGGUCUCAGGUCCACUCGGCAUCAAACUGCAGAGACCUGGCAUGGUGGAGUAUGAGGAUCGUCAGGAGUCUCUCCUCAGAGCCCUGCAGCACAAUAUUGACCCCCACACACAGAUGGUGGUGGUUGUCCUCCCCAGCAGCAGGAAGGACAAGUACGACAGCAUCAAGAAGUACCUUUGUGUGGACUGCCCCACUCCCAGCCAGUGUGUGCUCGCCGGCACUCUCGGCCAGACUCGGCCACUCAUGACUAUAGCCACCAAGAUUGCACUGCAGAUGGCCUGCAAGAUGGGGGGAGAGCUGUGGAGUGUGGAAAUCCCUCUCAAACAUCUGAUGAUUGUGGGCAUUGACUGCUACCAUGACACUGUUGCUGGGAAACGGUCCAUUGGAUCUCUAGUGUCCAGCCUCAACCAGAACAUGACCAGGUGGUUCUCAAAGUGUGUGCUGCAGCCUAAAGGUCAGGAAGUCAUGGACGGCCUGAAGGUCGCCUUAAGUGCUGCGCUGAAAGCCUAUCUGAAGUUCAACAGCUGCCUGCCCUCACGCAUCGUCAUCUACAGAGACGGCGUCGGGGACGGUCAGCUGCACAGCGUGGUCAACUACGAGGUCUCGCAGAUCAAGGACUCCAUCAAGUCCAUGGGGCACGACUAUGUGCCCAAGUUGAGUGUGGUGGUGGUGAAGAAGCGCAUAAGCAGCAGGUUCUUCGCCCACAUCAACGGCAAGAUAACCAACCCUCCCCCAGGCACCAUCGUUGACACCGAGGUCACCCGUCCAGAGUGGUAUGACUUCUACAUCGUGAGCCAGGCUGUCAACACUGGAAGCGUCUCGCCAACCCACUACAACGUUGUGUACGACACCAGUGGACUGAAGCCUGAUCACAUGCAGCGGCUCACGUACAAGCUGUGCCACAUGUACUACAACUGGCAGGGGAUCAUCCGAGUGCCCGCUCCCUGUCAGUACGCCCACAAGUUGGCUUUCCUUGUGGGUGAUAGCAUCCACAGGGAGCCCAAUGUGCAGCUGGAUGAGUUACUCUUCUACCUCUGA